AUGGCAUUAACCGACAAAAGACCUAUUGCUUUACCUGUUACUGCAACCCAUACUCCUGCAUCACCUUCAUUCAAUCCAAAGACUUUGUCUGUCGCAACCAAGGCAAGAAAAGCAAGUUUUGCAUUAUCUCCAAUCACCGAAAAAUUAUCAAUUAGAGAUGAGGAAGAAGAAUUAGAACAAGAACAAAGAAGGAAACAUGCCAAAUCAGGACUAUUAUCUCCAAACUCCAACAAUGAAGAAGACGAAGAUGAACCUGAAGAUGAUCACGACGAAGACAUGGAAGAAGUCGGCUCCGAGUCUAUAAUUUCAAGAAGUAUUUCUCCAGAUUCGUUAAUGAAUGAACAUCCUUCAAAUGAAGAUCAGUCCCGAGAAUCAACACCUCCAACCACUACUUCUACCCCAGGCUCUUCUCAAAACCUCCCAACUAACAAACAAAAGAAAAAGUCAAUAUCUCGUGCACCCAUCGCCACGGGAAUAUCGACCACUAUUCCGGUCACAGGAGAAAAACCAAAACCAGAACAAACCAACGAUCAAUCAUUAGAAGAUGAUGUCCUUUAUGCUAUCUUUGUUAUCUUAUAUCAACACGAUGCUGCUGGUCAAGGUAUGACUGUCAAACAAAUCUGUGAUGUCUUAACUGAACAACAUCCUGAAAUGGCUAGUUUAUCAACCAAGACUUCCAACCUUGUUUCUGCUAAAUUGAAUGCAUAUGUCAAGAGAGUGGAGAAGGGCGAUGUGAAUUUGAAAUAUGCAAUUUCAAGAGAUUGGGCUGAUGCUUCUCCAAAAAGAAUGGUUUAUGUAUAUAGAGGUAUUUUGGCUCCUGAUUUCCAUGUGUACGCUAAACAAUUAAUGGAAGAACAACAACGUAAGAAGAAGGAACAGCAAGAACAACAACAGCAACUGGAAGGUGGAUCUGUGGAGGAAGAAGAAGAAGAGACUUCAAAAUCUCCAGGUUCUCAAAGUCCAAAGUCAGGUGGUAAAAAGGGUGGUAAGGGUGCUAGCACAAUCACUAGUAGCAAUAGCUUGUACGACUCAGAUCCAUUGGAGGCUGGAAAGGAAGCUAGUUUAGCAAAACCGAGAAGACUGACUAUGUUUGAUUUGGGUGUAACAAGACUGACAUUCUGGGAUGGUCAUAUAGAUAAAUCCAAUUGGUUUGUUCCAUAUUUGUCAGCUCCUGUUACUGCAUCACUCACUGAGAACUCGAUUCUUAUGCCUAUCACCAAAGAAGAAGACGAAGAAGCUGAAGCUGCUGAAGAUGAAGAUAAAGAAAAUUCCGAUUUAGAACUUGAUUUUGAAGUUUUUGCUGAUAGUGACGAAGAUGAAAAUGUUAUUGAAACUUUCAAAAAGAACAACAAACGUUCUAAAUCCAUGUCAUACUUAUCUUCUACCAAAAAGAAUAAAGGAGAAUUAACAGCCGCUGCUGCUGCUCCUCGUGCUUCUCGUGCUCCAAGUUCUCAUUCUCCCAACGCCGCUGCCGCUGCGGCUGCGUUACAUGCUGCGGCACUUAAAGCUAUUUCUACCCCUUCUUCAACAUCAGCUGGUUCUAAUAAGGUGACACGGGGUGAUAAGAAAUGGUUGAAUGUUAUCAGAUCUGGAUUCAUGACUCAGGAUAUUGGUACACCGGAAGAUAUUAGUUUAUCUGAAUUAGAUAAAUUUUUUAACUAA